AUGCGGUUCAUUAUUCAGACAGUGCUGCUGGCAGCUGCAGGUAUCGCUCUAGCACAAGACUUUUCAAAGGAAGGCAACUUCGGCGCACCGUUCCCAGACACCACUUACCCUGGCUUCGACUCCACCAACCCUAGCACGAUUGCUGGCAGUCGGACGAAUCAGACCAGCCCACCGAAAUAUCCGUCGCCAUGGGGUACUGGAUAUGGGGAAUGGGCUGCCGCCUACGCCAAGGCUCGCGCCUUCGUCAGCCAGCUGACGCUUGAAGAGAAGGUCAACCUCACGACUGGGACAGGAUGGGAGCUGGACCGAUGUGUAGGCCAGACCGGCAGCAUACCUCGUCUCGCCUUCCGUGCCCUCUGCCUGCAGGACAGCCCGGUCGGCGUGCGUGACACCGACUUCAACUCAGUCUUCCCUGCCGGUGUCAAUGUAGCGGCGACGUGGGACACGGGUGUAGCGUUUGCCAGAGGUCAAGCGAUGGGGCAGGAGCACCGCGGUAAAGGCGUCGACAUGCAGCUAGGGCCUGUCGCUGGGCCUCUGGGCAGGGUGCCAGAAGGAGGGCGGAAUUGGGAAGGUUUCUCUCCGGAUCCAGUCCUGACGGGUGUCAUGUUCGCUCAAAGCAUACAAGGCAUACAGAGCGCUGGCGUCAUGACGAGCGCUAAGCAUUACAUCGCGUACGAACAGGAGCAUUUCCGGUUAAAGGCCGACUCGGCAGGCUAUGGCUUCACCAUCUCGGACGGCUACUCGUCCAACAUCGAUGACGUGACGAUGCACGAACUCUACCUCUGGCCGUUUGCUGAUGGCGUGAGAGCCGGCGCAACGAGCGUUAUGUGCUCCUAUAAUAACGUCAACAACAGCCAAGCAUGCCAAAACUCGUACAUGAUGAAUUAUUUGCUCAAAGGAGAGCUAGGGUUUCAAGGCUUUGUCGUAUCCGACUGGUUGGGCACGAUGUCCGGAGUAUCCAGCAUUCUCGCCGGCCUCGAUAUGACCAUGCCUGGAGACUCCAAUGCCUACGAUUCUGGUGAUAGCUUCUUUGGCGCCAACCUCACCGUUGCUGUGCUCAACGGCACCGUGCCCAUGUGGCGUAUCGACGACAUGGCAAUGCGGAUAAUGGCAGGCUUCUUCUUCGUGGAAACCAAUACGACAAGAGGACCGAUCAACUUCUCGUCUUGGACGCUAGACACCGACGGCCCUGAACAUUAUUAUGUCGGCCAAGGGUACACACAAAUCAAUGACCAUGUCAAUGUUGUCGGCAAUCAUGGCAGCUUGAUCCGGUCUAUCGGCGCUCGAAGCACGGUGCUGCUGAAGAAUGUCAAUAACACUCUGCCAUUGACUGGCAAGGAGCAGCUUACAGCUGUCUUCGGCAACGAUGCAGGACCUAAUGUUAAUGGCCCCAACAGUUGCUCUGAUCGCGGAUGCGACCUUGGCACAUUGGGCAUGGCUUGGGGCUCGGGCAGUGCCAACUUCCCAUACCUAGUCACGCCCGAUACCGCCAUCCAGAACACGGUGCUGAGCGCUGGUGGCGCUUACGAGUCGGUUUUGGACAACCAGCAGCUGGCCUCGAUCGGCGCCUUGGCGCGCAGAGCGAGCGUUAGCAUCAUCUUCGCCAAUGCUGAUUCCGGCGAGUUCUACAUCCAGGUUGAUGGUAACUUGGGCGACAGGAAUAAUCUAACCUUCUGGCAAGGUGCGGACACGGCGAUUUCAACCGUUGCAAGCAACUGCAGCAACACGGUUCUGGUCGUCCAUUCGGUUGGACCAGUCAUGCUGGAGCAGUAUAAGCGGCAUCCAAAUAUUACUGCGAUCUUGUGGGCCGGCGUACCAGGCCAAGAGUCUGGGAACAGUAUUGCAGAUGUGCUGUACGGCCACAUCAAUCCCGGUGCAAAGCUGCCCUUCACCGUCGGCUCGAAUAGGUCCGAAUACGGAACAGACGUUCUGUACACACCAAACAACGGCGCACUAGUUCCUCAGCUCGAUUUCGAAGAAGGCGUCUUUAUCGACUAUCGCGCUUUCGACAGGCGCAACAUUACACCAACGUACGAGUUCGGAUUCGGCAUGAGUUACACGUCAUUCAACUACAGCAACCUUCGCAUCACCAAGCUCAACGUCUCCGACUACGUACCCUUCUCCGGCUACACUCCGCAAGCACCUGUAUACGGUAAUAUGAGCCUUAACGCCUCUGACCAUCUCUUUCCGGCCAACUUCAGCAGAGUGCCGUUAUAUCAAUACCCUUGGCUGAACACUACGGACCUCGCUCGAGCGUCAGCGGACCCACAAUAUGGUUCUUGGAGCUUCGUGCCAGAAGGUGCGCUUGAUCAAAGCGCGCAACCUAUACCACCUGCCGGCGGUGCGCCUGGCGGCAACCCGAUGCUUUACGACGCUCUAUAUCGUGUGCAGGCGACCAUCACCAACACGGGCUCCGUAGCUGGGGAAGAGGUACCGCAGUUGUACAUCUCUCGAGGCGGGCCUUAUGACCCUGUGAGAGAGCUGAGAGGCUUCGAGAGGCUGAGCAUCCAACCGAACACUUCUGCCACCUUCAGCGUGGACGUGCUGCGUAGAGACAUCAUGAGCUGGGAUACGGUGGCGCAGAACUGGUAUGUCCAGAACACGACUAAGACGGCAUGGGUAGGGAGCAGUAGCCGUGAUCUAAGGCUGCAAGGCGUUUUGCCAUGA